CACGGCACUCUCGCGAGAGCGGCGGGGCCCAGCGCUGCAGCCAUGUCUACCGCUAUGAACUUCAGCGCCAAGAGCUUCAAACCGCGGCCGCCGGACAAGGGCGCCUUCCCGCUGGAUCACUUCGGAGAGUGCAGCGCCUUCAAGGAGCGCUUCAUGCAGUGCCUCCGCGACAGCGGCUUCGAGAGCGGCGCGUGCCGGGAGCGCGCCAUGGCCUACCUGCAGUGCCGCAUGGACAGGCAGCUCAUGGCUAACGAACCGCUGGAAAAGCUGGGAUUUAAAGAUCUGCUGGAUGAGAAGUCGGAAGCAGAAGCUGGGAAAGAGUGACGAAGAAAGAGCUUUACCUCUCACUGCUUUACCUCACGUAUGGGAGGAGUAACUCCUGUGUAGUACGUAUUGGGCCUGUAUUGCAAUAGGAAGUGCUUUGGGGAGGAUGCUUUUCUUCCCAAAUAUUCUUUUUUAAAAUCAGAUUGUUAAGGUGAGCCAAAGUACUGCCUUUGUUUACUUUCCUCCUCCAGCCUGCUCCUAAAGGUCACUGUAGCACUUCACCUGGCAGCAAACAGCGGUUGCCUGGAGUGUUCUCUGUUUCUGCAGGGGCAGUAAACUCUUGCUUUAAAAAAACAACAGCACAACAACCCUCCACCUCAACUAUAGGUUAUUGCUAUGUGGGCAUUACUAAUCUGCCUGCAGCAGGCACCUUUCGGGUGGAAAUAAAGCUGUUGUGGUACUUGCAAA